AUGGUAAACGAAUUACCACAAGAGUUUAGGAGGUACCAACGAAAUCGAAACCAAUUACAACAUAUUCUUGAAGAAACUCAACGUGUAUUGGAAGUAAUUAACUUAGAAAACUUCUUUCCUGGAAAAAAUAUUAUUGAAGAUUUACUACCUCCUUUAACAUUGGACAGAAUUAUACAUAUUUUAUCAAACUCUCCAGCUAUCGUAAUUCUUGGACAAGAUAGUAAAGCAAAGGCAGCAUUAGUUAACAGUUUAAUAUCUACUGAUGUUUUGCCAGUAUGUAAUGGAUCAUGGAGAUGGAUCAGACUUAGUUAUGGACAAACAAAAAAUAUCACUCUUACAUUAGGUUUAGAAUAUGAGAUGGUACAAAAAUUACAAGUAAAUGAAAAACCUUGGAUUACUCUUCCAAUUGAAGAUAUAACAGAGUCUGCUAAUGAAGACAUAACUUGUCCAACAGUGCUUGAAGUUAAGCUUGAUCAACUUAUAUUAAAAAAUGGUGUACAAAUAUUUAUUGCUCCAAAUAAUGGAGCAGUAAAAACUCUUGCAAAAGGAUUAUUAUCUAUUUUACCAAUAUUUUUAUAUGCACUGGGUGAUCAGCCCUUAACAGAGCAAAAUUUGGAAGAAUUACAAGAUUUAAAAGAAACAUAUCCCAUGAACCCUGUACUUUUUAUAUCAUCUUUGGGAAAUAUCUCAUUGACUAAUAUUGAUGCUGAAUUGACUGAAUCAGAACAACAUAGACUUCAAAAUCGACUAAACUCUAACGAUUGCACAUCAAAUAAAACUGAUAAUGAUGGCCUUGACUUUGACCAAAUGAAUUCACUUGGUUUAACAUGGUUGGAUCAACUGACAAAUUUAGGAUUUCUUGGAAUGGAAGAAUCUGUUGAAGUUGAUCAACUAUCUUGGUUGGGUGGUGGACAAUGUAUUAGUUCUAGUGACCUAAUAGAUUCAUGUAAAAAAACAGAUCGAAUUUUAUAUUUCGUUCAUGAAUGUUUACAAACUUACCUCAUCAAUGCCAGCACCUAUUUAAACGAAGUACAUUCAAGUAGUUUGCGAAAAUUUAUUUUAAGUGCAUUUGAUAUGGCACGUAAAAUUCAAAUAACUCCAAAAAGGAUACAGUAUGCUCAGCAAAAGGAAAACGAAUUAUAUGCCAGUUUAAUGAAAAUUGUUAAUGAAAAUCAAGAAGAACUGACUGAAUUAAUACAAACUAUCAUUCAAGAUAUGAAAAAUGCCGUGUUAUCGUCUAAUAAUGAUAUGCGUUCACAUCGAAAUAUCUAUUUCAAUGGUACCGAGAGGGCAGAAUGGUCCGCAACCGUUAGAGCUGCAACAUCUGAAAUUCAGAGACUGGUGCUUGGUCGUUUAAGUGAAAAAGUUGUAAAGGAACUUGUAAAUUCUGUCAAUUGCUUGCGUGAAACUUUUGUUGGUACAUUGCAACGUUGUUUAUUAAGUCUUGAAGAAGCAUACGAACGCGAUAACUGUUUACUCGCUAGUGAUGCUUUAAAAGAAAUCCUUUCAGCUGCAUAUAAUGUUAAAUUGCAUCAUUCGUCGCCAUCUGUAGUACAUUCUUUUUUAGAAAGAUUGAGACAACUUUUUAAGUCUUUGCCUCUGCCAUGGACACCAACUCCAAUUUUAGAUGUAAAUUGGAGUAGAAAAGUUACUAUUGAAAUACUGAAUUCUUUAUCAGCAGCAAGAUUGGCCAGAACAAUAUCAAUGCAAUUCAGAGACAAACUUAAAUCUUCACAUGAUUCAUUUCAAGCAGCUAUCAGAUCUUUGGACAAUUAUUAUUCUGGAAAUUUGGAAAGAACAGAAGAACAAAGAAUAGCUAUUAGAAAAUAUCACGCACCUAGAUUAGCUAAAUUAGCAUUAGAAUCAACAUCAAUGCUAGACGCUAUUCGGUAUGGUAUUCCUCAUUGCGGUAAAGAAAUUGGUCGCGGUCAGUAUGGAGUUGUAUUUGCUUGUGAUGGCUGGGGUGGUUCAUCAGGUCCUUGUGCAAUUAAAUCAGUUGUUCCACCAGAUGAAAGGCACUGGAAUGAUUUGGCCAUGGAAUUCUACUACACUAGAUCUAUUCCUGAUCAUAAAAGGAUAGUGAAACUCAGAGGAUCAGUCAUUGAUCAGUCCUAUGGUGAAGGUUUUUGUUUUGGAUCUGCAGUUCUCUUAAUAACAGAUCGUUUGAGUCGUGAUUUAUAUUGUGGAAUUCGUGUUGGCUUAUCUUGGCCAGAACGUAUACAAAUAGCAAUCGAUGUUUUGGAAGGAAUACGUUAUCUUCAUUCUCAAGGACUUGUACAUCGAGAUAUUAAGUUGAAGAAUGUUCUUCUCGAUACCGAAAAUAGAGCCAAACUAACUGAUCUCGGGUUUUGUAUCACAGAAGCUAUGAUGUCAGGAAGUAUUGUUGGAACACCCGUUCAUAUGGCACCCGAGCUUCUUUCUGGUCAUUACGAUAGUAGCGUCGAUGUAUAUGCAUUUGGAAUUUUAUUUUGGUAUAUAUGUGCAGGCCAUGUUAGAUUACCAUAUGCUUUUGAGCAAUUUCAUAAUAAAGAACAGUUAUGGACCAGUGUAAAGAAAGGUAUACGUCCAGAACGACUACCUUCUUUUGACGAGGAAUGUUGGAAAUUAAUGGAACAAUGCUGGUCUGGAGAACCAUCUAAACGACCCUUACUUGGAGUUAUUCUACCAGUGUUAGAAUCUGUUCAACGAAAGGCAGAAAGAGGCAAGUCCUUACAACAGCUCUCCACGCAAAAGUUACAGGAAAGUUCGUCAUUAGAUUCAAAAAAUCCUGCAUUAGCAUUAGCAGAACCUCAUAAUCAAAGGGGUGCUGUAAUUAGCCCAUUUCCAGCAAAACGUAGGGCAUUAAGAACUGUAAAACAUCCUGUUUUUCACAUGACCAAUUUAUUUCAAACAAGUCUAUGUUCUAAUUUGUAUAUUCAAAUGCGAGAAUUCUAA